AUGACGACGACGAUGAAAUCUUUAGACGAUGAAAAGGAGAGAAAGAGUAUAGACGAUGUUUUGACCGCCGCUGCGUAUUCUGAGAGUAUUCGAAGCGAUGAGGGAGAGAGAACGGCUGGUGAUGACGAUGAGGAUGAAAAUGAUGAUGAAAACGAAUUCAGACAAAAGAGGGACGAAGUAGGUGUUUAUCGUCGCGUUUCAUCGCGCGCGACCGACAUCGUCCAUCGAUUGGCGCCGAACUCUGCCGCGUUCACUUUUCUUUCCGAUGGUAAGUUCGUGCUUUCAACGAAGAAGCACAUCAGAGCGUUCUUUUUGUAUUUCGUCGUCGUGUUCGUGAUGGGGAUACGAGAUUUUUGGAAGAACUCGCCGGAGACUGUUUGGACUCGCGCGAGAGCGUUUGCGUUUACGGUACCUUUGCUCGCGUACAUUGUUUACGAAAGUUGCGCUGUGAAAAGUGACGAUGGGAAGAAAUUGAGAUUGGAAACGUCUUCAAAGGAGGAAGAGACGACAGGGAUGGUAAAAGAAAGAGGGAAAGAAGAAGAAGAAGAAGAAGAUACACCAGUGGUAGAAAAAGACGAAGAGGAACUCGUCGCCAAAGAACGUCGGCGCUUGUCUUCGAGCUCGCAGUCCACUGGGACCUCGAAUAACAGUUCUGUAUCAUUGUCUUCUCAAUAUAGCACUCGCUCCAUGAGCACGCGCCGCGUGUUACAGCGCGAACGACACGUUUCGAUCAAUCGUAACAAUCGGAGCGAGUUGAGUCUUCGGCAGAGUACGAGUGGCAGCGCAAACAGUGGGAGUGUUCAAACAAAGCAGAAAGAAUAUAAUCGGCAGAAGAGCGUUUCUGAAGUCCAAGAAAAGGAGAAUGGAGAAGAAGUAUCAUCGAAAAGUACGGAACAACAUCACGACAAAACGCAAAAUAUAAAGUUGCCCCUUUUGACUGAUAUUGAACGAAAACAUUUGGAGAAGGCUUUCGAGAAGAACGCGUCGAUUGCGCACGUCGGAUUUUUCUCGUUAGCGAUGGAGGCUUUGAUUAGUGGUAUUGAACGUAGGACGUACGAGAAACACCAAAUAAUAGCAAAACCGAAGGAUAUCGAGGAAUCCUUUGUCGUUCUAGUCAAAGGAACGGCGAUGAGUUACGAGGAUGACGACAACAUGCGCAUCGCAGACGAUCAAGGAGGCAAAUUUUCCCCCUCGACAAAGGAGAAAAAUACAACAGUUCUAAAGGAAGGAUCAACUUGGGCCGAGGGUGCCAUGGUUGAACCUCAAGUCAACGCACGUUUGCUCGUUGCCAACAGCGAAGAAGGCGCCGAGGUGAUCAAGAUUCACAAGUCGCAUUUUGAACGUGCCAUUAAAACGGUAACAAAACUUGCGGCGACUGUGGCGUUGCGCAUAUUUUUGUCGUGUCAGAAAACAAGCGAAGCAUUUGAUAACGACACUGAGCGCAUGAAGUUUGCCUCUAAAUAUGCACUCAAGAAGUUUAAGCGAACGUUUUCAAAAGAUUUAGAGAUUUGUGGUCAUUUGGAUGAGAUUGUCGCGGGUUCAAAAACAGAAUCCCUUCUACACUUUGUAAUUGACGGGACGGUGAUUUUAGUGAAUACUAAAGAUCCCUCGGCAACGAAAACUAUCGAAGCUGGUUCUUGGUUUGAAACAACCUACGACGAGCAUGGCGAGAAGAACGAAAUUUGCUCCUCCACGAGCGCUCUUUCGGUCAUCAUCAGCUUCAACGCGGAUCGCCUUCAAGCGUGCAACGACGCCUACAUCAGAUGGAUCAACAUGUAUCGAAUGAAACACGACAACAGUACAUCAAAGAAAAGACGGAGAAAGGAACGCCAGCGUCAACGGAAAGAAUCGGGUAUCUAUUCCCCUUCAUAUUCUUCUUCAGACAUGGAAAUAUCCCUUUCUUCAACGCCGAAGCGGUUUUCCAUCGAUGUGUCGCGGAUGCACGGCUCGCGCGAAGACAAGCAGCAAAAACAUAGUCGUUCUCAAUCGCUAUUGUAUGACGAAAGCGGAACGGUAACGCCAUCAACGGUAGCGUCAUCCGACUCAGAAUCAUUAACGGAUGAUAUGAGUGAAAUACAUUCGCAGACGAGUGAUUCGUUCCCGGAUAUAUCGAAUACGUUUGAUAGAGAUGCGAUUUCUGUGCCAGGAGGAAGAACGAAAGAUUCGUUGUUGACUUUAGGGACGCAACAACCUGUGAUUAUUGGAAAAGAAGGAGAAGAAUUGGCGCGAGACAUCGCAAUACAAAGUAAAAGCGAAAUCGUAUACGCGCAAGUGGAACGUUCCGUUGAGCGGAAAUUGAAUAAACGUUCUUCCACGUUCUCUCGAAUAGCUUUUCAGUUCAAGGAACGGUUUCGCGCUAGUAAUAAAAAGAGGGGGUCGGAAAUUUUACGAGCAGCUCCGACGCCAACAAAGAAAAGCGAGUUUGCUCCGACGAAGAGCUUAUUUUUCAAAAAGUAUCGCGAUAAGAGAGUCGCUGUCGCUGCAUCUCUCGUUUUAUCCCGAUCUAAGAGUAUAAACGACUUUGAACUCGGUGCAAUGGUGGGCAAGGGAAUGAUUGGUUUUGUUUUUUCUGCGACGCACAAAGUGUCUGGCCGUAGGUGCGCGAUCAAAGUCAUGCCCAAGAAAAAUGUCGUCGCGGUGAACGAAGAGAGUCACGUCGUGGAAGAAAAGAACUGCCUGUUUUCUCUCCGGGGCGCACCUUUCAUCGCGCAGUUUUAUUCCGCUUUUCAAGAUGCGAAAGCUUUGUACUUGUCGAUCGAGUUAUGCCAAGGUGAUAUGUUUGAAUUAUUCAACGCAGUUGGUUUACCUUCGACUGGCCAAACGAAAGUAUACGCUUCGCAGGUUUUGUUAGGUCUUGAAUCUAUCCACGAAAAAGGAUACAUCUAUCGCGAUAUUAAACCUGAAAAUUUGUUGAUUCGUGAGAAUGGAAGCAUCGCUAUUUGCGAUUUUGGCUUUGCGAAAAAACUCAGCGGUGGCGAACGCGCGUUUACGAUUUGUGGCACGCCUGAUUAUCUUUCACCGGAAGUAUUGCUUCAUCAAGGUGGAUCGUAUGCCUCGGAUAUCUGGGCAUUUGGCGUGUUGCUAUUUGAAAUGCUUGCUGGGUAUCCUCCGUUUCGAGAGGAUAGUCGUGAAAAGAUGUAUGAUCUAAUCGUCAACGCAAACUUUGAUGCGGUUGCGAAACCGGCGAAUUUCGACGCGAAAACUGAAAUGUUAUUGCGUGAGAUUUUUGUCCGAGACGAGGACGAGCGUUUGGGAGGAACGGAUAUUGGCGAAAUCAUGGAACAUCCUUGGUUUGAUAAUCUAGAUUGGGAUGCGGUUCUAAACGGCACGUUGAGACCUUUGCAAAUGUUUCCAGAAGGAUAUUUGAACAGCUAUAACGUUUUCAGUCAAAAUGACGGUGAAAGCGAGUUUUCCUUGGGCAAAAAAGGGGAGAAAUUUUGGCUCGUGCAAGACAACGACGGUGAAAACGAUAGCGAACAGAAUGGAAGUUCUCGCAGCUCUUUCAGUGGGUUUGCGGACUUUUAA